AGUCUCACCAAAAGUGGAAAUGAAUCACGAAAAUAUUGUAAUAAAACCCACAUAAAAUUAAAAUAUUUUCCAUAAAUUACGUUGUUUAAAAUUCGUUGAAAAUGAUGUCAUUAUUUGUGUGAUAAAUUAAUAGAAGUGAAAUGUUAUCAUGAAUUAAACGCAGAACAAUUGUGUACAGACGAAAGAGACGAUAAUAUAUCGAUUACAUGAGCAAGUAGUACGGAGAAAUUUGACAUUUUUUGUGACCAUCAAAAGCUUUAUACCACUCAGUACAACGAAGACGACCGUGGGAAAAAGUACACAGAAAAUAUGAAACGAGAGUGAAAAGAAUUGUUCAUCUAAGAAGCGUUCAAUAGAAAAAAAAAAUUGGUGUUGCGUCGGAGAAAUCGAUGAACGAUUGAUUGCAAUUUUAAUUUGGUUGAAUCAUUUUGUUGAGCUAUAUUCAGAAAUACAAGGCCCACCACAAUGAAUUGCGACAAAUCGAUGUGUUUGUAAUUGUAAAUUAUUACGUUGUUUCAUCGUUUUCAUGAAUUUUCGAUAAAAAAAUUUAUAAUUGCAUUUUGUGUCAAUGAAAAAGUGUAUAUUCCGUGGCAAAAGUGUAAUCGACUAGAAAAUAGAGGGCGGAAAAAGAUAUUUAUGGAAAAAAUCAACGUGGUUUUUGUGUAAAUUUAUGUGCCAUUUUAGCACAUUAAUUAGAAAAAAAAAUUGCAGUAUUUUUCGACAACCCAAACCAUAACAGAAAAAGAGCAAAGGUCACAAAGUUCUCGGAAUCGAGUGUUGAGCUAGCGAAUUCGGAGAAGAAAAAAAAUAUCCAAAGCAAUAUGGCAUUGUCAAAAGGCUUUCGUAUUUUUGAAAAGAAACAACCAAAUCAUAGCAUCAUCCUGGAGCAUCGGCAACGUACACAAGAGGCACUCUUAUUCGAAUCACAAGCAGUUGCUGUUCUGUCCGCACAAGAGCUUGAAACGAUAAAAAAGCAAUAUGUUAAAAUUGCUGAUGCAUAUGGUUGCUUGGGAGUGCUACAAGUAAAUGCUGGCGAAUCGUCUGUAUUGUAUUUGGUGCUGGUCACGGGUUGUUUUUCCAUGGGCAAAAUGUGCGAUUCCGAAAUAUUUCGCAUAACACAAACACAAUUUGUUCCGCUUCAAUUUCAAGCGCCCGGCGAAGACAAAAUUGCUGAGGUGAGAAAGGUGUUGAAUUCGGGUACAUUUUAUUUUUCAUGGAAUACAUCGGUGGCAAAUUCAACAGCACCACAAAAUGCAUUUGAUUUAACAUUGUGCGCUCAAAGACGUCGCCGUACUCUCGAAACUGAUAAUCGAUUUUUCUGGAAUCGAAUGCUUCACAUCCAUUUACUGCGAUUUAGUGUUGAUUGUUCAUUUUGGUUGCUCAAAGCCAUGUGUGGAUCGGUGGAAAUUCGCACCGUUUAUGCUGGCAGUCGACAAGCAAAAGUAGCCAUCAUUUCGCGAUUGAGUUGUGAACGCGCGGGAACUAGAUUCAACGUUCGUGGAACAAAUGACGAAGGUCAUGUAGCCAAUUUUGUUGAAACUGAACAAGUAAUUUAUUUGGAUUCAGAGUGCACAUCUUAUGUUCAGACACGUGGCUCAGUUCCACUGUUUUGGGAACAACCAGGCGUACAAGUUGGAUCGCAUAAGGUAAAGAUGUCACGCGGCUACGAAGCAUCAGUCAAAGCGUUUGAUUUGCAUAUGCAAAUGAUGAAACAACGAUACGGUCAACAAGUCAUCAUUAAUUUGCUCGGCACCAGUUUGAUUGGCAGCAAAGAGGGUGAGGCCAUGUUAUCGAAUGAAUUUCAACGACAUCACAAAGAAUCGACGCAUGCAAACGAUGUUCCGCACAUUGUAUUCGAUUAUCAUCAAGAGUGUCGCGGCGGUAAUACAUCGGCUUUAUCGAAACUCAAAGCAAAAUUGGAUACUUGCUGCUCACAUUAUGACGUAUUCCAUGUGAAUGGUGAAAGUAUUUUACGCGAACAACGCGGUGCCAUUCGAACCAAUUGCUUGGAUUGCUUGGAUCGUACGAAUUGCGUGCAAACUUAUUUGGGUCUUGAAAUGCUUAACCAACAAAUUCAAUUAUUGAGUUUUCAUGAUAAAGCGCAGAUACAAUCCCGUCUCGAUGAAGUAUUCCGUCAAAUGUGGGUUAACAAUGGCAAUGAAGUGAGCAAAAUUUAUGCAGGCACCGGAGCCAUUCAAGGUGGAUCAAAGUUGAUGGAUGGCGCACGAUCGGCAGCAAGAACAAUUCAAAACAAUCUUUUGGAUAGUUCAAAACAAGAAGCCAUCGAUAUUCUUCUCGUUGGUUCAACUUUGAGCUCCGAGUUAGCUGAUCGAGCCCGUAUUUUACUUCCAUCUAACAUUCUACAUGCUCCGACACCGGUUAUGAGAGAACUUUGCAAGAGAUACACGGAGUACACAAAACCGAUGGACAUUCGUGUUGGCGUUGCCACGUACAAUGUAAAUGGUGGAAAGCAUUUUCGCAGUGUUGUCUACAAGGAUUUAUCGUUAACCGAUUGGCUUCUGGAUUCAUACAAAAUGGCUCGAUCACGAUCUUUGGUUGAUAUAAGUCAUCCAGAAGAUGGAUGCGCCGAACCGUGUGACAUUUUUGCCAUUGGCUUUCAAGAAAUCGUGGAUUUGAAUGCGAGUAACAUAAUGGCUGCCAGCUCAGACAACGCAAAAUCAUGGGCAGAAGAAUUGCAGAAAACGCUUUCAAGAGAUGAACCAUACACUUUGCUAACGUACCAACAAUUGGUUGGCGUUUGUUUAUAUGUGUUUAUUCGUCCCGAGCACGCAGAGCAUAUUCGUGACGUUGCAACUGACUCGGUUAAGACAGGAUUGGGAGGUGCAACGGGAAAUAAGGGAGCAACUGCAAUUCGAUUUGUGUUUCAUGGAACGUCACUAUGUUUUGUGGCAGCACAUUUUGCUGCCGGUCAGUCUCAAGUACUCGAACGAAAUGCCGACUAUGCUGAAAUCACACGAAAAAUUGUUUUCCCAAUGGGUCGUACAUUAAAAUCGCAUGACUAUGUUUUCUGGUGUGGAGAUUUCAAUUAUCGUGUCGACAUGGAUAAAGACGAAAUUAAGGAAUUGGUGAAACAAAAUCAGCUCGGACCAAUUUUGGAAAAGGAUCAGUUGAUUGUACAAAAGCAGGGGGGCAGUGUGUUUAAUGAUUACUUCGAAGGGGACAUCACGUUUCCGCCUACAUACAAAUACGAUUUGUUCAGCGAAGAUUAUGAUACAAGUGAAAAAUGUCGAGCACCGGCAUGGACUGAUCGAGUAUUAUGGCGUCGUCGCAAAAUGUUGCAGGAUGAUGCUAUUUACGAUUGGAGUGAGGGCCGAUUAUUGUACUAUGGCCGAGCUGAAUUGAAACAGAGUGAUCAUCGGCCUGUUAUUGCUGUUAUUAGUUGUGAAAUAUCCAAAAUUGACACAGAACAACGACAAAAAGUGUUUCAUGAUGUUAUUCGUGAUUUGGGACCUUUUGAUUGUACAAUUGUUAUUCAUGCCGGUACCAAUGACACCGAAGAUGAAGAUGCGCCUAGUAUUUAUGAUGAGGAUAUCACGACAAUGAUAAUUCAAGAGCUGGGUCUGAUUGGUGAAGUGACAUUAGUGAGAUUUGUGGGCGAAACAAUGUGGGUCACAUUCCGUGAUGGCCAAUCGACUUUGAUAGCUGUACAAAAGAAGUCGAUUCGCAUCCGAGGAAUUGAUUUUCACAUUAAUCUUAAAACGGAAAAUUGGCUUGCACAAGUUGAACGGGAAAUUGCUCUUUGCACCACAAAUACUGUGCAAUUGUGCUCUUCAUCACCAGUUGGAGACUACAACAGUUUGGGAAUACCGAAGGUACCACCUAGCCGUCCAAAAUCACCUCCAGGUAGACCAAUGCCACCCGUUCGACCACCACCAAUAACACCAAAGCAUGCACCGAAAGCAGGAGUUAUCAGCAUAGUCAAGACAGAUCAAGGUCAAUCACGACCGUCAAGUAGCGAUUCAAACUUUGCGCCAAAUAUUCCACAUCGUCCGGCUCCACCGGUGGCCGCUUCAAAGACAUAUCAACAAGAAGCAGAGCAACCAUCAAAUCUGUCACGAAAAUCGAGCAGCUCAUCAACAUCUAGCUCAAUUCAAGAAGCACCACAGAAAACCAUUAGUCCGCCAGCGCAAUCACUUGUCAUUCAGGAUCAAGACACUGGCGCCAUUUACGAGGAAAUUGAUGAUAAUAUUUACAUUCCAAAACCAAGAGAUCCACCGCCGCCAUUACCGCAGGACUCAGUAUACGAUUUGGAUGUGGGUCCGAAUGGAUCAAAUACAGCCAGUCCACUUCGUAAUGUAGCGAAUAGAACAGCACCAUCAAUACCAAGUGCCAUGGGUACUCCGCCUCCCCUACCUCGCCGACAAAAUGCACCAAAUCCAAGCAAUGCAUUGCCGAAAGUUCCAGCACGAACAGCAGGCCCACCAUUACCAGCACGCCCAAAUGCACAGUAAUCAUUAUAUUUAUAUACUUCACAUAACAAUAGCGCUCACAAACCUGUAGUUUAUAAACCAAACGAAGUGUCAAAAUGCUUCAAACUCUUAGGUAUAUCUGUAGUUCUUGUUCAAAUUAGCUUCCUUGAUGAUGGUAUGUUUAAUUAUCUAUAUGUAUUAUUUUGAAAUAUGCCACAGACACAUAUAAAGUGGUAAAGAAAAUCAACUAUAGUUACGAUUCUGAUCUUUUCCGAUAGAGAAAUUUCAGUUGUAUAAAUAUUUGUUCAGAGCAUUUUUCUGUUUUGUGAUCAUAAUAUCAAUUCAAAAUCAACUGCAAUACAUGACAUAUUAAAUUAUCUACUUAUUGAAUUAUGGCUAAGUUAUUGUGUUAAUUCAAUCAACUAUUGUAUUUAUUUUCUGUUCCUAUUCCUUCGAUAUAAAAGAUUAAUUUCAUUUAAGAUUUAUUUGGUAAAAUAUAUGAAUAUAAUUGAUUCAAUUGUGGACACUGCAGUGUCAGCUUAUGCAUACUCGAGAUAAAUAUUUUUAAAUAAAGUAGAAAUCGCUUCAACCGAUCUCUAUAUCGCAUUCUGGAAAUAAGUUGAAAUAUAUUAUCAUAACUGAGAAAGAAAAGAAGGAUGAACUGUUUGAAAUAUAAAUAUGAUAUUUUAAUUUGUGCAGAAAUAAAUGAGUAAACAUUGUAAAAAA